AUGGCUCCCAAGAACCAGAAUCCCACCCACGGCCAAAAGGUCGAUCUUGGCCAGAACGCUCCCGUCAAGGAGGAGGGCGCCGGCAAGGUCGCCUCCGAGUCUCUUGCUGCCGAGUCUAUCAAGGAGGGCGGCGAAUUCGUUUCCAACGAGGGCAUCCGCGGUGAGAACCAGCCCUCAUCCGCGUCCGAGAACACCAGCGCUGGCCGCAACACCAACACCUCGUCGGCUCCUAGCUCCAAGCCCGCUCAGUCCGGCUCUGGCGAAUCUGACUCCAACAAGUCCAGCGCCGGCCGUACUACCAAGACCUCUUCCGCCCCUGGCUCCAGCGCCGACUCCAAGUCGUCCGACUCUGCCAACGGCGGCAAUGCUCCCAGCUACGUCGAGAACCAGUACAUUAAGAGCUCUGGUGGUCCUCACGGCAAAAACAUUGGCGAGGGCUUUGACGACCCCAAGGCCAAGGAUGGGCUCAAGUUAGCUUUGGAGUCCGAGCCAGGUAGCGAAAAUGACCCUAGCCGGCUUGCUGAGCAACAGUUCCAGGAGAGACAGAAUGCCGUCGGUCGGGAUGCUGGCCCCAGGCAGAGGGCUCUCUCCAGCGAGACCCCUUUCGAAUCUCUCAACAACGAGACCUCCUCUUAA